UUACUUCUUUUUACUAUGUUGUGGACUACAUGGAGGGUUCUGAGCAGUGUGCUUGGCUGCGAAACAAACUGCAUGCCCAGUGGGCUAGCUCCAGUGCCGCUCAAAUAGAAUCCGAACUGAGGGGGUCGAGUGCGCGCCGAGCGCCGUGCCGUCCUACACCUGCGAACACUGACCUGUGAUAGUGUGCAAAGCGCACCUGAUCGGAUUUCACUCAGCUGCACCGAACUACUGUACUAAGUUUAGUACAUGUAAUAGUAGUGGUGUGUGCAGAGGUGUUCUGUGUAUGACAGAAGAGAAAGACCUCCGUGCCGCCGGUAUAGAGCAAGCAGAGUGUAAUGAUACAUUAGAACACCAGUGCAACAAAUAGCACACCAGAAGAAGAGUGACGUUAGAGGAGGAACAGCAAGGUUGACUUUUGAGACCUUUCGUUCGUCAUAGAGUUGUUGUGUUACCUGCCUGGGCUGGCCCCACUCCCAGCUAGUGCAAUUUGUCACGGCCUGUAUCUCAACAUCCGGAUCCUACAGGUACGUCUUAUAUGCAACGACGUGUAAGCUCUAUGUGUAUAUUGGGGCAAGUCCGCGUAGUAAGCAUGCUCAGAGAAUUCUUUCAUCUGAGGCUGCAGUUAGUGAGUGUUGAAUUUGUUGGCAAGUUCGUGUAGUUAGCCUGUGUUGAGUUGUCCAUCAGUAUCACCUGCUGCCGUCGACAUUUGCUGCAUGCUGCCCAAGCAUUCAUCUACACUGACAAUCAUCUUUUGAUCAUCACCGAAGCUUCCAUUGUAGUGCCCUACUGCCACUAGUGCAGUAGUUGGUGCUGACAGUGGAACUACAGUGUAUUCUGGUGGUCUACUACUCGUUCACACUGUUCCACAUUAUCUCAGGGUUUCAGAGUGACCCGCAGUCCUCCAUACAUGGCAGUGUCCAUAAUGCACCAGGUGCUCAACCUGUUAGUCUUGCUGCUCAUCUUGGAGGUGCAUGUUGAGCCCUGUGCGGCAGACCAAUGUCCCUUCCUUAACACUAGUGCCAUAGCUAAGCCUCUCAGCGCAAACACGGCUCUGCGCUACCUCCCGCAGCCCGUCUCCGAGCACCCCGGUGUUCCUGGCUUGCCGCUCCUGAUCCCGGCGCUCACAUUGCGAGCACGUCGCGGCGCAGCCAACAAUGGGAGCAGCGGACUGGCGGACGGGGAAACGUUGAUCUCCGCAAUCCGCGUGGCUGGUCCUACCGCGCUUAGGCUGGAUUCCUUCGACGUGUCAUACAGAGGUGGGCAGACUUGGCAGAAUCUCGAGUCGUUCCUGUUACACACGGUGAAAGGAUUUCCUGAUGGCUGCAUGGGCCUGUUUGGCCUUCCAGAGCGCAUAACAGUAUCUCCAAGUCAGGAGUAUCUCGUACUGCUGGACUUUCCGAGAGGACCGUGUGAAGACCUAGUUCUAGUCUAUCGUCUCCGGGAAAAACUCCUGCUGUCCGUCAAUACGAGCUUGGUCAGGGCACCGAGGGCGCUUCGUCCCGGGAUGACUAGCCUGCCAGGUCCCUCUCCAGACUCUUUCCGUAUAGCGUCAUAUGGCGGGUCGCAGUGCGAUUCGGGGCAAGUCGACGCCUGCUUCAAUUUCAGCUCCGGUGUGUGGCUGCUUGAUAUGGAUCUGGCCAGGCCCAACGUGAUGCUGUCAUGGCGGGAAGUGGACGUGCGGUCGUCGGCUUCGGCAGUCACGCCUGGUCCGAGGGCUGGCUCGCACCUGUUCGGCACGGAUUCACAUCUCUUACUUUACGGCGGUGUGCAAAGAGAUCAGACUUCGUUUGUGCUGCGAUGCGACUUCUGGGCGUUCGACUUUCUCUCUCGGCAGUGGACAGCUCUCAGUAGUAAUUUUGCCUGCGAGAACUUGCGACUACUGACUAGUGAAGUGUUGAGUGCCCUGUCCUGGUCCAAAGCUGCUUAUCUCUCAUCGGCAUCUCAGAUUCUCAUCACACGCACAGAUCCUCGCACUAAAAACGUGUAUCUGGUGAUCUGCAACUUGCGCCUCGAGGACCAUCAUGUGCAAUGCACUAACGAAACUCUGACGGCUGCUAAUCCUAACACGAUCGGAGACUGGUACGAGCUAGUGGCCGGAUCACGGGCAUUCUAUCUUGUCCGCACUGAUCGCGAAGAGUCGUACGAAGUCACCCUGUCCGUCACUGCAUCCCAGCCUUCAAGCAUAACGCCCAUCCUGCGACCACUGUCCUCGGAGAUCGAGCGCCCAGGCUUCAGCGGCUUUCAGGGAUGUGUAGGUUCAGCUGUUCUAGGUAUGACUGGAGGCCGCACUAUCAUGAUCUUCGGCGGUCAAUGCCCAUUUCAACAAUUUCGAGCGCAGAUUGGAGACGGCUUGCGACCUCCAGGAAUGCCCAUUUGGAUACUAAGUACAUUGACUAAUCCGUUCAUGACGGCCGUGUUCCCUUACACGUUGUCACAUCCUCAUCCUGGUCCCAGAUUGCCUCUGAGACAAGGACACACGGUCGUCAGUAAUCGCUACUUCGCAAUUCUCUACGGCGGUAAAGAGUACGAAAACAACAAUGAUUUUCACAUGGACGCUUCGCCCUGGUGCUACGAUAUGUAUCACGAAACAUGGAUGGAGUCGACGGUGAGUCCGACUUAUGACGCCAUAGGUCCGGAGGCACGUCAUGGUCACGUGGCAUUCGCUCACUCGUUCGGCCGUAACGCGACGGGAUUCGUCAUCCAAGGUGGUCAGGUGCCGUCACCCGGUGAUGGGGCUGUGACUGGUAUUGUCGGAGAUCUGUGGUUCUUUGCUUGGUCGGAGCUGCUGGAGUGUACAGGCCGCUGGUACGAUCUGACAGCCAAGGCAGUCGGUAGUCCACUACCAUGCCGUACACUCCACUCGCUGACGCAAUUCACUGGUAGGAUAAUCCUCUUUGGAGGAGAAGUUGGUCAAUGCACACCGCAACAUGACCAUACCCCUCGGCAAGCACACGACCAGGAAGACGAUUGGGACUUUGAUUCAUUCCUCACCGUCCUAACUCUGCACAGCCUGGAUCACAUCGGCGUGUCACGUGUUCACCUCGCAAAGCCCAUGCGACGACGGAUAUCGCACACUCUGACGCAAUACACGAAUAGCGAUCUGCUACUGUUGGGUGGAAGGUACGGACUGGCUCCGGGACAGAGUGCUAUCGAGUUUGCGCAGGAUGCACUCCUACUCCGUCUGCCCCCUUCUCUGUGGGAGCAGGAUGGCGUCAAGCUUACCUACACAAACAGUACAGUUGAAACAGUGCCCUUCUUCAAUAUAUCCCUGUUUGGUCAUCGCACUGUUGGCAGCUACCUAUUCUCCGGACUAGUUCCUCCGCAGGAUGGCAAUCAGCGAUCCAAUUUUCUCGCUCUCAGCUACAGUGGAGCCUGUCCUAAAGGUUACGAGCGGAGCCGCAACAACACGUGUCAGCCGUGCCCGCAAGGCUACUUCUCACCCGAUGUGUUGUCACCGUGCGUGCAAUGUGGUGUUCUACUUACCACUGUUGGUACAGGAUCCAGCAACUGCACUGCCUACGAUCCAUGUUACACGCGAUUCUGUCAUGGCAACGGCGUGUGCCUGGUACGUAGCAACGCUCAGGCCUACUGCAAAUGCAACUUCGGCUAUUUGCCGGACGAUAACUGCCGCCUGCCCCUCGUCUACCUCUACGUGUUGGCUGCAACGGGUUCGUCCACUCUCACCACCCUACUAGCCACGGCACUCGUGCAGUACAUACGCAAACGACGGAUACUGCGUCGCACGGAAGAGGAGCGUCAACAGCUCGGCCGCGCUUUGGCCCAAUCGAAUCGAAAGCUUGCUAAUGUGAACGAGGGAGCAACAAUCAAGUGGUCCGACCUGGUCAUCGACCAGUGUGAACUCGCACGGUCAAGAUCUUCAGUUCUCUACCGGGCAAAAUGGACUGACCUGGAUGUCGUGGUCAAGAAGUUCACGGCCACCAGCAAGCAAUCCAUAAGCCUGCAGCAAGAAUCGCCCUGUGAUAUUUUCGUGCGAGAAGCAGAGACGCUACGUUCUUUGCGUCAUCCCAACAUCGUCAUGUUCCUUGGAGCCGGCAUGGAUACAACCAGUCGUCGGCCGUUCCUGGUCAUGGAAUACUUGGUCCGAGGCUCACUUGCCAGGAUCCUGCAGGACAACAGCGAAAGGAUCGAGCAGAGCGAUCGCGUGCGAUUCGCACUGGAUGCUGCUCGCGGCAUGGCGUACCUGCAUGGGCUGGAGUACCCGCGUGUGCAUCGCGAUAUCAAGAGCAGCAACUUGCUUGUUAGUGAGAAAUGGGUGGUUAAGGUUGGUGAUCUGGAGACUGCACGACUUCUUGAGGAAUUCCUAGCCAACACUGACCAGCCCCGCCAAUCCACACAGUACGGCAGUAUGGACAAUGCUGCUCCACCACGUGACCAAGACCAACAAGAAGAACAGCAGGACGUUGAGGCGUCGGGCGAGACUCAACGCUUGCUACAGGGCCGCAGUUCAAGGGCGCAGUCGAGACAUCAGGUCGCAUGCAUUCAGCCAGAUAACCAUCGCGUGCGUCAAAUGACAACAGGUACAGGAACGGAUCGCUGGAGAUCGCCAGAGUCGAUAACGAAGAACCAACGCACCACCAAGGGUGAUGUGUACAGCUUUGGUGUGGUGCUGUACGAACUGGCCAGUAGGCAGUUGCCCUACGCCGACCUGGAGUCCACUGAAGCCAUCUUAGAUCAAAUAACUGAGGGGGAACCUCCUGGCGCCAUGCCUCUGGGCCUACCCUAUGCUUAUUGCCGUUUGGCCGAGCGUUGCAUGAAGUCGUCGCCUACGGAGAGGCCCACCUUUCAGGAUAUUGUCACUGACCUGGAAAGACAGAAGCUGGACUUAGCCUGAGCGUAGUGACGAGACUUCGUCUUACUCGCACGUCUUGCGCAGUGGUCGGGAAUGAAAUACGACCCCAUGAGAGUACAAUAGCUCCAACCACUGGAUUUUAUACAUCACCCCAUCUAGUCGCGGAGCCGGAUUUCACUUUGCACCGAUGUGCUGGCGUUGUGAUUGCGCUUGCAGCCUGCACUUACAUGUACUUGACACAUGUGCAAUGCAGUCAUAUGUCAUGUGACUGUGCUCAUGCAUACAUGUACAUGCAGUCAUGUGACUGUGCUCAUGCAUACAUGUACAUGCAGUCAUGUGUCAUGUGUCUGUGCUCAUGCAUACAUGACACAAUCAUGUAUCUGUGUUGCUGAGUAAUGUUGGACACCACUACUUAGGAGCAUUCGUCUAUCCGCACUCUUUCCAUGCUGCUUACUGCACAUACAUGUUCAGCCUAUAAAAUCAUUAUACAACAAGUCAUGUACAAUCAUGUGUUAAAUUUUAUCUACUACUGUACUAGUACAGUCAUGUGUGUAUGUUGGGCAACAAUCGUCACCCUCGUAAACGUCAACCUUGUUUUACUUGAUGUAAAUGUUAUUCUUUUGGCAAUGAAGAUAACACCUCAUUUGCCAAAAUACAUUCCUUUCCCCCACUGAAAUGUGUCAUGCAUGUACAACGCUUUGUGGUUCGACUUCACGGCCAGAUUUUGACCUUCCUGUAGUCCCAGCACUGAGAUAAACAUAGCGACAUCUACAUGUAUGUCUGUGCUAGCGAGGAUCGUGGAGAUGGAACUCGCUGGUUGCACGCAACCAUCCCGACAGCCUGUACAAGAAAUGCGCGGGAGAGAACUGUAGAACAAGCCCGACGUGUAGUGCAAGGUUCUGAGAAUGUUUCGAUUUCUUUUUACCACAACUCGUUCACCUUGUUUUCGCAGGUAGAGGGCGUAUUCAAACAGCAACAUGUAAUCGUACAAUGUACUUGCGAGCAUGUCAAUUUGCGAUUAGUAUCAAUUGCACAGAGGCGGUGUGUCUGUCUGAUGAUUGGUUCAGCCAUGAAACUCUGCGUCACAUCGGAAUUUGCCCAAGGUUUUCAUUGUGUGCCUUUCAGUUUGUGUAGCAUAACUAUAACUAUAAAGCAUUACCAUCUCAUACAGCGCACGCAGCUCAUGUAGAGCCUACAUCCCCAUUUUUUGAUCGUUUGCUUUUCGUUUUUGCUUUCCCUUUGUUUCCCCUUCUUCCUCAGGUACGUGCACUGUGAUAAAAUAAUUAUAUUAGAAAUAAAAUAUAAAAUAAGCAAAGUUUGCGACACCCUAUCAGCGUUUAUUAUUCUCCGGGAACGGACACGAUAAUUUACUUUUUCACUUUAUCAGUAUAAUUAUUGUCACAGUCCCCGUAAUUGUCUCCACUCUCUGUGAUGUUCCCUCUUCGCUGUGACUGCGCUCACACAUAUAGAGUUACGCGAGGCCAAGCCGAUAAUUACCUUUUUUUACCCAUUGUGCACACUCAAGCUGGAUACAAAUCUAUGUCAUUCUUUGGCUCUGACCGCUUUAACGCACUACUCGAAUCCCUUCGCACUUAUCAUAUCCCCAAUUCAUUUCGUCAGGAACUUGAAACACAUUCAUUUACCUUGGGUACCCUGUAAGAAGACCUUAGGGCCUGUUGGGAAUGCCCAAGGACUAGAAUAGUGUAACGUGCUGUACAUUCUUUGCCCUUGCUUCUCACUUACAUGUAUAUCCAUUACUCAUAGUACACAAACCCUCAUUUCUUCAUGCACUCUUUCGUCUACUUUUCUUCUUUUCAUUAGUACCUGACGAAUUAGUGACGAUGGCAAUAGUGCCGAAACAUUGUACGUUUUUGAAUUGGCUCGGUCCUUUCCAGUGCUUUGGGAAUGGGUGUGUCCACUGUCCACGCAAC